AUAAAUUAUAAUAUAAUUUGUUGUUGUGUUAUUAUUUUCAUACAUUAUUAUUAAAUUUUGAGUUUUCAGUUUAUAGUCGUUAAUGGUUGGUAGAAAGUACCCACUAUUCAAUCAAACCUCGAGAUACAUAUGCGAGACGCACACUCACUGCACAGUCAAUACUACUACACUAGUCUGUGUGCUCUGUUCGUUGAGAUUCGGCAUCUGAUACAGCAUUUUCCACUAUUACAGUGAUUUGAAUCCAACUACAAUAAACCAGUGUUAUGUCAGUAAAAGAAAUGGAUACCAUUAAGGCAUCAUCUUGUGAAAAUAACCUAAAGCAAGUUUUGAAAUCAAAUGAAUGUGAACCAACACAUUUUAGAAAUAGCUUUCACUCUGAUAGAAUACUAGAAGACUUACAAUCUUUACGCAAAAAUAAAGUUCUAUGUGAUAUUAGAUUUGAAACAGAUGAUGGAUGUAUAACGUUUGGUCAUAAAAUUGUCCUAAUGGCAGCUAGUCCAUAUUUCUCUGCAAUGUUUAGUAAUUUUGAUGAGAGAAACAAAGAUCUUGUAAAUAUAAGAGAAUUAGAUUCCACCAUUUUACAAGUAUUAGUAGAUUAUAUUUAUACUGGAGAAAUUAUGGUCACAAAUGAAAAUGUACAGGUGUUGUUACCAGCUGCAAAUGUCUUACAGCUAGAGUAUGUAAUUAAUGCAUGUGCUGAGUUUUUACAAAAACAACUGGAUGCAUCUAAUUGUAUUGGUAUUAGAGCGUUUGCUGACUUACAUAACUGUACGGAAUUGUUAGCGAGUUCUGAAACAUUAAUAAAAAAACAGUUUCUGGAAGUGGUUAAAAGUGAUGAGUUCCUAUCUUUAUCUUCCGAAGAUGUGGUUAAGAUUAUCUCCUGUAAUGACCUUGCUGUUCCAUAUGAAGAAAAAGUAUUUGAAAGUGUUAUUAAAUGGGUAAAACAGGAUUCGGAUCAGAGAAAAGAUUUGUUGACAGAAUUAAUGGAACACGUACGUUUGCCAUUAAUAUCAUCUAGGCCUGAUAUAUUAUUUAACAUAGCAAAGGAACCUCUUGUAAAUAAUAAUCCUAAAUGUAAAGAUUUUGUAAUUGAAGCAUACCAUUUUAAUCUACAAAAAUCAGUUCAGUAUUUCACAAUUCCACAAACAAUUCGUUGUAAACCCAGGCAGUUUGGUGAUUCACAUAAAGUUAUUUUAAUGUUCAACCGGUCUGGUACAUCACUAAAGUGUUAUACAGAAUGGUAUAACCCAGAAACCAAACUACAUGAGAAAGCCCCAGGGAUAAAUAAUUGUCGUUGGGAAGCUGGUCUUUGUGUUGUAAGAGAUCAAUUUGUGUUUGCUGUAGGAGGUGUGAAUAAUAUACGUUCACAAUCUGUUAGUAUGCUUGAUGUAUCUUCACAAUCGCCCUCUUGGGUUCCAAUGGCCGACAUGGUAGUAAAACGAAGACGAUUAGGAAUUGGUGUAUUGGAUGAUUGUAUAUAUGCAGUUGGUGGAGGAGAUAUCACCAAUCCAUUAAAUAAUGUAGAGGUUUUUGAUGUCAGUAUUCAAAAAUGGAGAUUGGUAGCUAGUAUGUCUACUAAAAGAUGUGAUUUGGGUGUUGGUGUACUCAAUAAUCGUUUAUACGCGGUUGGAGGUGCUGCUGAAAAAAACAGUUUGAAAUCUGUGGAAUAUUAUGAUCCCACACUUGAUGCUUGGACACCAGUUGCAGAAAUGUCUGAACAUCGUCAAGGUGUUGGUGUAGGAGUCUUGGACGGUCUUAUGUAUGCUAUUGGUGGCUAUGGUGGAAAAUAUCUUAAAAGUGUUGAGGUUUAUAGACCGAGUGAUGGAGUUUGGUCUUCUGUAGCUGAUAUGGAAAUAUGCCGAUUUCGCCCUAGAGUAGUGGCAUUAGAUGGUUUAUUGUAUGUUAUGGGCGGAGAAUCUGAUGAUUCUAUCUAUAGUGAUACUGUAGAAAUUUACAACCCCAAAACCAAUACUUGGACAAUGGAGAGAUUUUCGAGAAGUGAAUCACGAAAUAUUUGUAAAACCGGCAACAACACCGUUAAUUUAAGAAAAUUAGAUUCUACCGUCUUACAACUAUUAGUGGAUUAUAUUUAUACGGGCGAAAUUAUAGUCACAAAAGAAAAUGUACAGGGUUUAUUACCAGUUUCAAACCUCUUACAGCUAGAUUUUGUAAAUGGUGCAUGUAUUGAGUUUUUACAAAAACAGUUGAAUAAAACAAACUGUCUUGGUAUCAGAGCGUUUGCUCGUUUACAUAACUGUACGGAAUUGCUAUCGAGUUCUGAAACAUUCAUUAAAAAACAGUUUUUGGAAGUGGUUAAUAGCGAUGAAUUUCUAUCAUUAUCAUCCGAUGAUGUGGUUAAGAUAAUCUCCUUUAAUGACCUUGCUGUUCCAUAUGAAGAAAAAGUAUUUGACUGUGUUAUUGAAUGGGUAAAACAUGAUUUGGAACACAGAAUACAUUUUUUGCCAGAAUUAAUGGAACAUGUACGUUUGCCAUUAUUAAAGUCUGAUAUAUUAUUUAAUAUAUCUGAAGAACCUCUUCUAAAAAAUAGUCCUAAAUGUAAAGAUUUUGUGUAUGAUGCAUUACAAUUUAAUAUACAAAAAUCAUUUCAGUAUAUCACCAUUCCAAAAACAAUUAGGUGUAAACCUAGACAAUUUGGUGGUUCUCAAAAAGUUAUUCUAACGUUCAAUCGGUCAAAUAAAUUUCCAAAGUGUUAUACAGAAUGGUAUGACCCAGCAACCAAUCUACGAGAGAAUGCACCAGGGAUAAAUGAUUGUCGUCAGUCGGCUGGCGUUGGUGUAAUUGGAGAUCAAUUUGUGUUUAUAGUGGGAGGUGUAAAUGGAUCAAGUUCUAAAUCUGUUAUUGUGCUUGAUGUAUCUUUAAAAUCACACUCCUGGGUCCCAAUGGUCGACAUGCUAGUUAGUCGAGCUAGGCCAGGUGUUGGUGUAUUGAAUAAUUGUAUAUAUGCAGUUGGUGGACUUGAUGGCACUAAUAAUUUAAAGAGUGCCGAGAUUUUUGAUGUCAGUACUCAAAAAUGGCGAAUGGUCUCGAGUAUGUCAACUACGAGAAGUUGUAUGGGUAUUGGCGUACUAAAUAAUUGUUUAUAUGCGAUUGGAGGUAGUAGUAAUAAACAUAGUUUGAAAUCUGUGGAAUAUUAUGAUCCCUCGCUUGAUACAUGGACACCAGUUGCAGAAAUGUCAGUAUGUCGUACCAGUGUUGGUGUAGGCGUCUUGGAUGGUGUUAUUUAUGCUAUUGGCGGCUUUAAUGGAAAUUAUCUUAAAAGUGUUGAGGUUUAUAGACCGAGUGAUGGUGUUUGGUCUUCUAUAGCUGAUAUGCAUUUCUCCCGAUACCAGCCAGGAGUAGCUGUAUUAGAUGGUUUAUUGUAUGUUAUGGGCGGAACAACAAGUUCUGAUAAUACUCUUGCUGAUAGUGUAGAAAUGUACAACCCAAACACCAAUACUUGGAACGUCAUGUCGUCAGGAAGCGGAAUACUAAUUUAUGGCGGAGUAGUCGUUGAUAGACCACAACAUUUAAACUAAUCAGCAUACAUAAUGAUCUCUUUAUUAAUAUUAAUAUAGAAUAUAGUUAUGAAUAAUAUAUUAUGACAAAA